AUGGACGACUCCGAGCAUCGCCAUGGUCAUCUUGAUACAUCGGCUCUCCCUGGUACCGUCCAUCUUGUUGAUCUCGAGGGCACGAUUCGUGCAAAGCACGCAUCUGGAAGUCAACUCAAAGAUGUUGUUCUCGUUCCAACACCAUCCUCCGACCCAGACGAUCCUCUAAACUGGUCUCGAAGGCGUAAAAUUCUCAGUACCGCAAGUCUGUCAGUGUAUACGCUUAUGGUAGGUAUUGCGUCUGCUGCAAUCUACAGCGUUCUUGAACCGAUUGCCGAUGAUACUGGAUUGACAUUGGGGGAUCUAAAUGCCGGGACUGGAUACAUGUUUUUGGCCUUUGGAUGGGGUUGUCUCUUUUGGCAACCGAUGGCAUUGCAGUAUGGGAAGAGACCAGUCUACCUAUUCUCCAUGCUUGCGACUUUGGGUAUUAUGAUAUGGGUGCCGCACGCAACUACGAAUGGACAGUGGAUAGGAAGUAAGAUCUUGCAAGGAUUCGUUGGUUCGCCCAUCGAAUCAUUGUGUGAGAUCUCUAUUACGGAUAUCUAUUUCACCCACGAGCGCGGGACUUACAUGGGAUUAUACGCCUUCAUGUUGGCUGGUAGUAACUAUCUCGCCCCGGUUUUUGCGGGUUUCAUCAAUCAUGGCCAAGGCUGGAGGUGGGUCAUGUACUGGUGUGCAAUCUUCUUAGCCAUCGGCUUUGUCUUCUGCUUCUUUUUCAUGGAAGAGACAAACUACGAUCGGGCACCUUUGGAGAUGAUAUCGCCUCCAGGAGAUACUGCUAGUACGACUACACCCGAAGAAGGGAAUCUUCCAACUGCAACCAACCCUGAGAAGACCAUAAUCAGUCCUGAGAAUUCUACAAUCGAUCCUGAGAAGACCGCUGCAAUCGUAAACUCGGAGUCCAAAAACAUCGACUCUGACGUCGGACAAGUCCACUACCGUCCCAAGACCUACCUCCAGAAACUUGCCCUCCUUGACAAGAAGCGAGAUUUCCACCUCUUCCGCAUGAUGGUCAGGCCACUAAUCUUUAUGACAUUUCCGAGCGUUGCGUAUGCUGGAUUUUCAUAUGGCAGCAACCUGGUCUGGUUUAAUGUCUUGAACGGGACGGCCUCUCUUAUUCUCAGCGCUGCCCCCUACAAUUUCUCAUCUUCCAUGGUUGGUCUCUCGUACGUGUCUCCUCUGUUAGGGGUUGCAGUAGGAGCAUUCUACUCGGGAGUAGUCGGAGACAGGAUCGUACUCUGGCUCGCUCGCCGCAACAAAGGGGUCUCGGAAGCCGAGCAUCGGCUCUGGCUCUUCUCCGUUUCCUUAAUAUUAGUCCCUGGCUCACUUAUACUCUGGGGUGUCGGUGCUGCACAUCACAUACACUGGUUCGGACUUAUUUUCGCUAUGGGUGUAAUAGCCGCUUCCAACUCUAUCGGAGUCCAAAUCAGCGUCUCCUAUUGCAUCGAUUCCUACAAGGAUUUGAGCGGCGAAGCAAUGGCUACAGUUAUUAUUAUCCGAAACACCAUGUCCUUCGCAAUCGGCUACGGACUCACCCCAUGGGUCACGGAUAUGGGAUAUCAGAAUGCUUUUAUUCUAGCAGCGUUUGCUGGUUUGGCACAGGUCCUGACAUUCUUGGCUGUAGUGAAGUGGGGAAAGAGCUGGAGGAACGCGAGCAAGGCGAGAUACUAUAGAUACGUAAAGGAAAGCGAGAAUCUGGGAGUCACUCAUUAG